AUGUACACUCCCAUUGCCCUUCUCGCUGCCUCAGCUGGCCUCGCCUCAGCAGCAACAUCCUACAAGGCCUCCUUCACCCAGUACGGCUCCACCGACACCUGGGGCUCCGGCAACUGCAACGUCGCUACCACAGCCUGUGGUUUCUACACCUCUGUACCAGCAGUCUCCCAAAACGAAUUCGGUGUCGGUGAUGGCGCAGGCGCCGGCCCAGCCUGCGGAACCUGCUGGAAGUUGACCGCAUCCACCGACUCCAGCGGCAACAAGAAGACCUUCGGCAGCCCUAUCGUCGUUCAAGUCACAAACCUCUGCCCUGCAGACAGCAACCCUCUGUGUGCACAGAACGGACUCUCUGGCACCAACCAAUACGGCGCCAACCUCAACUUUGACCUGUGCAUUGACUCUGGAGCCAGUGCUGCUUUGUUCGGAAGCUCUGGUGUGGGAUUGGCUGUUGGUCAGGCUGAGCAAGUGGACUGCAGUCAGUGGAGUGGCAAGGUCGUCCAUUAA